AUGCCACCAGGGCAGCAGGGCGCGAGCUGGCGCUGGGCAGCAGGGUGCGCACGGGCGCUGGGCAGUGGGGCGCGCGGGCGCUGGGCACCAGGGUGCGCGCGGGCACUGGGCAGUGGGGCGCGUGCUGGUGCUGGGCAGCAGGGCGCGCGCGGGCACAGGACAGUGGGGCGUGCGCGGUCGCUGGGCAGCGGGGCAUGUGCUGGCAUUGGGCAGCGGGACACGCGUGGCCGCCGAGCAGCAGGGCGCGCAUUGGCUCUGGGCAGCGGGGCACGCACAGGCAUAGGGCAAUGGGGUACGCGCGGGCGUAGGGCAGUGGGGCGCGCGCAGGCGCUGGGCAGCGGGGCGCGUGCUGUCGCUGGGCAGCGGGACACGCGCGGACAUAGGGUAGCGGGGCGCGCGCUGGCGCUGGGCAGCGGGGCGCGCGCGGGCGCUGGGCAGCGAGGUGCGUGCUGGCGCUAG